AAAAUUUAACUUAUUCAAAAUAAAAACACGUGUUUAUCUACUGUCACAUAUUAAUGGACUAUUAUUGUCACCCAACAAUUAAUAAAUAAUUUUUUUAGUCUUUGUUAAUUACUAAUAAAUAUUUUCCAACAAUGAGUGAAGAAAUAAAUACUUUUGGAGAAUUAAAUCUAAAUUCUUGGAUAGUUAAACAGUGUAGUCUGAUAGGUGUGAAAAAACCUACUCCAAUUCAAAAAAAUUGUAUCCCAAGAAUAUUAGCCGGUGAUGAUUGUAUUGGUUGUGCUAAAACAGGUAGUGGUAAAACGUUAGCAUUUGUUUUGCCAAUAGUACAAAAAUUAUGUGAAGAUCCUUACGGAAUAUUUGCACUAGUAUUGACACCAACAAGAGAAUUAGCGAGUCAAAUUGGAGAACAAUUUACCGCAAUAGGAAAACCAAUAAAUUUAAAGACAUGUGUAGUGCUAGGAGGAAUGGAUAUGAUGACUCAAGCCCAAGAAUUAUCCAAGCGGCCUCACAUUGUCGUAGCGACGCCAGGCCGCUUAGCAGAUCACCUAGAAAGUUGCGAUACUUUUUCGCUGAACAAGCUCAAAUUUGUGGUGCUCGACGAAGCUGACAGACUGUUGGGUGGAGACUUUGACGAGCAAAUAAAAACUAUUUUUUCAGCGCUGCCUAAGCAACGCCAGUCUUUAUUAUUCAGUGCGACUAUGACAGACGCAUUAGAACAGGUCAAGCAAGUAGCACGCAAUAACGUUUUUCAGUUUGAAGACGAUGAUGACAGUGGGAUGGCUACUGUCAAACAGUUGGACCAACGAUACGUCGUCUGUCCUAGGGACGUACGAGACGCUUAUCUCGUAGAAGUUAUUCGUACGUUCAAAGGAAUAAAUCCUAAUGGUUCUAUUAUGAUAUUCACAGAUACCUGCAAGAACUGUCAGUUAUUGUCGAUGACUUUUAAUACAGUAGGAUUCGAAAAUGUGGCUUUGCACGCGAUGAUAAAACAACGCGAACGUCUGUCGGCGCUCAACAAAUUCAAGUCUAAUUGUGUUAAAAUUCUAAUUGCCACGGACGUAGCUUCUCGAGGUCUUGAUAUUCCUCUUGUUGAGCUGGUUAUUAAUCAUACUAUUCCUAAUGUUCCGAAAGAGUAUAUUCACCGUGUAGGUAGAACUGCUAGAGCUGGUAGAGGUGGCAUGUCUAUUAGUUUAAUAACUCCUCAUGAUAUUAAAUUAUUACACGCUAUUGAAGAACUUAUUGGAACUAAGCUUCAAGAAUUUAAAGUUGAUGAAAAAGAAAUAGCGACUAUAUUUACUCAAGUAUCAACAACAAAACGUGAAGCUGAGAUAGUCUUAGAUGAAACAGAUUUUUAUGAGAAAAAAAUGAUUAAUAAACGAAAAAAAUUAAUGAUGGAAGGUAAGACUGAUGAAGAAAUCGAUAAAAUUCUGGCGCCUAAGAAGAAACACAGAAAAAAAGAUAAAAAAAUUAAAACUAGUGAUGAAACUAAAGAAGAUGAAAAUAAAUUGACAGAUGAAGUAUGAUUAUA